AUGAGGUUUUUAUAUUUUCUACCGGGAUGGGAGGGCUCUGCUGGUGAUGCUCAUGUUCUUCGUGAUGUCGUCACUCGAGAAGAAGGGGCUUUGAUGGUCCCAAAAGGAAAUUACUACUUAUGUGACAAUGGGUAUGCUAAUUCCGAAGGUUUCUUAACGCCUUACAAAGGCGUUCGAUACCAUUUGAAAGAAUGGAGAAUUGACACACAAAGGCCUCAAAAUGCACAGGAGUUGUUUAACUCAAGGCACACUAAAGCAAGGAACGUAAUCGAGCGGGCAUUUGCUGUUUUAAAAAUGCGAUGGGGUAUUUUACGAAGUGCGAGUUUCUAUUCGAUGAUCAGGCUGCUGAUAAUGGCUUGCUUUCUCCUCCACAAUUUCAUUCGUGGUGAAAUGAUGAACGAUCCAAUUGAAAAACAACUUGAUGGUGGUCAUAACAAUUUCAUCGUUGAUGAAGACCAUGAUGAGGUUGAGUACGUGGAUCAGAUCGACCCAACCACAGAAUGGAUUGCAAUGCGAGAUGACUUGGAGAAUUCCAUGUGGAUUCAUUCUUCAGCCCUUCCUAAAUCAAUGGCGUUGAACACUAAAUCGCGUGAUAUUAAUUAUUACAAGGUGCUGAAGCUACUAAACUGGAUCUGA